GCAGCGCGGCGGUGGCGUGCCGCGGCGCGCGCGCUGCUCUGAGUCAGUGCCGCUGGCAGGAGCGAUCGGAGGGAGACGGCCGCGCCGUGUGACGUCCUUUCGUCGCAGCUGAAGGCCCAGUUCUAGAUCAACAGUCCGUCAGUCUUCGACAGCUGAGCUGCUACGGCGCACGGCUGUCCGCGUGGAGGCGCAGGAGGAUCCCGGCGGCACGGUUCGCUCGUUAGUCGUUACCUAAUCCUGGAGUGGUCAGUCUGUCUCAGACAGCUGAUCGAGUCUCAGUGUUCGAUCGGCAGCUGAAGAGAGCGGGUCCUGGCAUCGCGGAGCUCCAAAAUAGCUUCCAAGACGUUCGACGUGUUCAUACUGUCACAUCGCAGAACCAGGCCCAACUCUCACCCGUCAUGGCCGAGGUGAUUCGCGAAGAGCAGGAGCCGCGCCGCGAGGGUCAGACGAUUCUCCCGGCUGACCCCGAGGUCCAGGAGUGCAAGAGGAUUCUCAUCGACGGCAGCAGUGCUCCGCAGAAGAUCCGGCUGGUCGAGGGCACCACUGUGCGCCGCCUGGGCCGUCAGGAGACCGGCUGGCACGCGCUCUUCCAGGGCGCUGACGGCGCCAGCCUGCUGCAGUACUCGCUGGUGAUGGACUCGAAGCAGGAGCUGACGCCGAACAUGGUGCAGCUGGCGCUGGAGGCGCUGCAGAGGCAGGUGCCGAUGUUGAGGACGCGUGUGGAGGACCGGGACGACGGGUCGUACCUCGUCGUCGGACCGUACCCCAGCAUCAAAUUGGAGGUGCUCAAACCCGGCGGUGACUGGCUCAAACACCACCACAAACUGCUCAACGAGACCAAAAUCGAACCCAGCGUCGGACCUCUGUGGAAGGCCUGCUUCAUGCUCCGACCGACCAACAUCGACGAGCCGCCAGCGCCAUUUCACCGCAGCGUCCUGUACUUGUCGCUGUGCCACACCAUCACAGACGGCCUCAGUAACGCCAUGCUGUGCGGCCGAGUGCUGGAGAACCUCGACUUCCUGAUCCGCGAGUCCAAGAUCCCCAAACGCGAGCCGGCGCCGUUCUUCCCCAGCGUUGAAGACAUGCUGCAGCGCUACAUGCCCGACUCGAGACUGUCCCUCUUCACCAUGGCAGCCGGAAAAUUCCUCUCGAGCCUGUUUGACCGGAGCAUGCCGCCGCUGCUGAAGAAGUACGUUCGUCCCCACCAGAGCACCCUGCCCAAGUCGGCCUACUCGACCGGCACGAUCGCCGUGACCGUGCCCAACAGCGAGGUGGCGCGUCUGCGAACGCUGUGUCACGCGCACAGCGUGUCUCUGAACGCUGCGCUGUCCGCGGCCGUCUCCUUCGCCAGCGCGCAGCUGGCGGCCACGGCCGGCGCCAGCGACGUGCCCACCCACCUGCCCACCCUGUGGCUGGUGAACGCGCGACGCUACAUGCCCGACGCAGACUGGAUGUACCUCUCCACAGUGGCCGGCGUGGAGCUCACGGUCAACGUGGAGCACGCGGACCUCUCCGAGUUCUGGAGCGUGGCCGAGGCGCUCGGCAAGGAGCUCCGCACCAAGCUCAACAGUCAGGAGCCGCUGUUCCGGCUGCGCUCCUCGUCGUGGUUCUCACCGUCCGAUCGCGGCGGCCUCGGCGGGGCAGAGCUCUCCGGCUGCAUCUACAGCAUCAACAACCUGGGGCCGCUGGACCGCCUGAUGCCACGCACUCGCGACGUGCGUGCCGCCGAGCUGCACCGCGCCGUGCGCGCUCCGCCGGCGCUCACCGACUCUCUGUGCAGCCACUGCUUCCAGACGGUGGGCGGCAGGCUCUGCUACGACCUCAACUAUGUGCGCGGCCGCGUGGCCGACGAGGACGCGGAGCGCUUCUCCCGUCUGGUGGUCGAGAUCCUCGCCGAGGUCGCGUCGCCCAUCGCCGACGACGCCGACCACGACUGGGACCACCUCGGCGGAGCGGCGCGAGCCUGAACGAGACGGAGCACACGUGGGGUUGACGCAGGAGAGGAGGCAUGCGCUUGGAGGAUGAUCAGAGGUUCGAGGAGACGGUCCUAAGAUUGAGUUUGGAAGAUCGAUGAUGACGCGUAACGGCUGAUGAUCUAAAAUGGGGGACUGAAAAGCGACACGAAAUUCCAUGUCUUUUGAACUAAAUGGUAGGUAGGUACUGAAAAUGCAGUACUGAAAGUAAAUACUGGUCCCUAACGAAAGCAAAGCGACGAUAUGUAAGGCUUGGCAGCCUGAAUCGACUAAUGUCAAUCAAAGGUGUUAGGAAACAGAUGAUAGUGCAUUCAAAAUUAUGUGAUUAAACAAGUAAGUUAUAAAAGGGUAGAGAUUGGCACUUGGAACGGACAUUGUCAGGCACUCGCUAGUCGCUUGCCUAGGGCAAGGUGCAUGUACUGUUCUGCGUAGUAAGUAGGGCUCGUGUUGAAACUAAUCAUGUAACCAUAACUAAUACUACAUUUAGUAUGUAGAAUUAUGUGUUGGCAUUUGUAUGGCCAUUGGAAAGGUCAGAAUUCAGGAACAUGUACAAAUCCAACCCAAAGCUCAGAAACGGCAAUGCGUUAGAUAUCAUGACUUGAAGUUGAAUCUAUAGAUCUUGUAGUUUGCGAAAUUUCUAUUGCUUUGCUGGCGAAUUUUAGGGAGGAUGCGUUACCAAUUAUUCGUAAUACUUUUUUUUGGAAAAAUGGACAUGUUUACACUGCACACUGCUUGAGCGAUAGAGAAGUGUUCAAGAAACUAUUUUAGUAGAUAGCUACGGGCCAUUGUAGCUUGUAGGUAUAUGUGCACCGAGCAAACUGCCUCAUAUCUAUUGGUGGAUACAUAUAGAUCUAGUGGUAGACUAUAGUGUGGUAGACUAUACGCGUGCCAUUCGCAACUCAAGUGACAGUGUAUGCCGUUUGAUAUCGACGAAGCUCAUCCCGCCACACAGUGAUGAUCUUCUUAGAGUUAAAUAAAUGCGUUUGGUGUGUAUGAGGGUUGCGAUGCGACAGAAGAAAUGCAACUUAGUUCUGGGAACCGGAUGCUUUUAGUCCAUGAUGGCACUGGUUUGCUAAUAAGUCUGCCUUUUGCCCAGUGGCUGUAGGUACUUGUUCUUCUGAUGCGAGUUCAGCUUACUUGUUCGUGCAGUGGUAAACCGCGGCUGGACAAAUUUCAUACUGAAAUCGCUGGCUGAGCAGUGCAGGCUUGCACUCAGGAGAGCCAAUAAAUGUGUAACCUGCAUUGUAGAAAA